CCACAGCGGGAAGAGUGAAGCUCACUGACAAAAUUUGCCUUCGAGGGGAAAUUCGCUAAUACUCCGUACUCGCAUAUUAUGCCUUGUAUCCUGAGCACCCUAGGUAUGCAUUGCUGCCUAACACUCGAUGUCUUCUCCUUCCUCCAUUCGCAACUCCUCUCUUCACUGGGGCCAUGCAUGUAUUCAUUGCCGUCGACGAAAAGUGCGAUGCGAUGGUGCUCGCCCAAUUUGUGGACAAUGCAGGCGAGGAAACCGAUCCGAAGACUGUCAGUAUAAAAACAGCCAGGGUCGUACCAGGAUGGAGAUCCUCGAGGAAAACAUAAGUCGAGUUGAGGCUCGAAUCCGUGAGCUUGAAACCCCCCAGGAGCUGGUCCUGCCUGUCGUUUUGAGUAACCCUUACUCAACUGCUGGUUCCUCUUCGAAUCCCAGUGUACCUCCAAGUACUGCACUUCCUUCGUUAGGUUAUGGCUGGUGGACACUACCAGACCCUCCUCUGGAAGUCAAAACACUCUUGAUCGAUAAAGUUCUUGAUAGCGCUUCAGAAUACGGAUUCUUUCUUAACAUUUCGCGCUUCCGAUCAGCAGCCCUUGACCCUUCAGCAUACUACUCCAGGCCAUUACCAGCACUCAUGAGGACUGUCUACCUACUAGGAAUUUUUCUAUCGCAUACGCCGUCUUUGACCGUCCAUGAGAAGACGUUCCUUCAACGAGCGCUGGCCGACGUAUCCGGUGCACUAUCAAAUAAUUAUCACCCUCAGAAAUUCGUGCAAACCAUGCAGGCAGAGGUUCUACUGGCGUGUUACUUCGUAGCAUCCGGACGUUUCUUAGAAGGGAAGUACCAUAUCACAACAGCUGUUUCCCUAGGCCUCAGUACUGGGCUGAACAAAAUACGAUCCGACCGGAAUACCUCGACGGGUCUGGCGACGUCGGUUCUCCCCCCGCCGCACGAUGCCAUCGAGGAAGGGGAACGCGUGGACGCUUGCUGGACGGUUCUGAUCCUGGAUAAAUGUUGGGCAGUCGCUUUAGCAUCUGCUCCCAACUAUGCGUCCCCUUCUGAUAUCGUCGGAGAGGCCCAUCAACUCGACACCCCGUGGCCUCUUGAAGUUCAAGAUUAUGAACAUGGAGGGUUUCCUUCUGGCGGUAAUGAAAUGUCGACAAAGGCACUUUAUGCGAAAGCAUCCCUCCUAUGGGAGCGCGCAACCGACUUGGUAAGUAAUUGGAAACCUGACAUGGCCCAACAAGAGUCGAUUGACUUUUAUGCGUCUUUUGGGACCCUGGACGGCCUACUCGAGAAUCUGCGAAAUGCCCUUCCAUCGCCAAACGCCGCGACCAACCCGAAGUCUGUCAAACGGAGGACUCUCUUUGUCGCCGAUAAUUUGACCUACGCCGCUAUCAUGCAGUUGUAUGGUCUUUUCGCGAAGGUUGAUACCCAGUCCAAGGAUAAGGUUCUCAUGGCCGCUCAAGCUGUAUUUCGAAUGACCGGUACCGUACCGCGUGGUUCGCCCAUCAAUCCGAUUAUUGGGACGGUCUGGGUAUCUGCGAGUCAAGUCCUACUUGAGGAACUGGUUGCGUUGAGGGCAUCGCGCUCUUCCCAUGGUCCUGCGAAUGACAGGGAAACGGAGCUUCUCGGUGUCUUUAAUGCUGGAUUUCAGGAUAUGAUCCUCUUGGCAGAGGGCUGCAUUCUCCUAAAGUAUCAGGUGAAGCAAAUACAGGAAGCGUUCGCUGCGUUGUGAUUGCUGGAUUCUGAUAGAUGGAAGUGCUUACAUGAUUCUAUUAAUGGACGACACGCUGUCGGGAAUGCAUCAGUAUUAGAUAUAUUCUUUAUCUUACAUUUUCGUAAUCAUC